UAUACUCUAUGCAUAACCUCUUUUGCAGUGCAUUUCAGCUGUCAGAUUUGGUUAAUAUUAAUGUUUUUUUUAUCAUAAAAGCUUAUGAAUUAAACGAGAAAACUAAUUAUAGUGUAACAAUUAAACUACAGUUAAACGAACUGCAAUAUGUUCUCCAGCUGCAUAAAACAUCGCGCCCUCAGGCGUACCGUGCCACUGUUACGAUACAAUUCAACUGCCACAGAACCUGUUGCAUCUCCUGUCAGUGAAGACCAAACAGCUACAAAACAAAUUUUGGACCAUCCAGAUUAUUUCAGCGUUCACAAUCUAUUCACAGUCAAAGAUUUAUUUGAAGCAAGAGUGCACUAUGGGCAUAAGGAAGGUUCACUUAACGAUUACAUGAGGCCUUAUAUCUAUGGAUCCAGACUUGGCCAUUUAAUAUUUGAUUUAGACAUAACUGCAGAACAUUUAAGAAAAGCUCUCAACUUAACAGCUCAUAUUGCCUAUAGAGGAGGGAUUAUCUGUUUCUUUAACAGAAAUGCCUUAAAUGCACACUUGGUUGAGAAAACUGCUCAAGAAUGUGGAGAAUAUGCUCACACCAGAUUUUGGAGGGGUGGUAUAUUCACCAAUGCUAACCACCAGUUCGGGGCUGUGACAAGGUUGCCCGAUUUGUGCAUAUUUUUGAACACACAGAAUAAUAUUUUGAACCAGCAUACAGCUGUUAGAGACAGUGCUAAAAUGCUGAUACCUACAAUUGGUGUUGUAGACACAAACUGUAAUCCUAACCUGAUCACUUAUCCAGUACCUGGUAAUGAUGAUACUCCCGCUGCCAUUGAACUGUACUGCAAAUUAUUCAAAGCUGCCAUAUUGAGAGGCAAAGAAGAAAGAAGGAAAUUUUUACAAGAAAAUAAUUAAAUUAUAACAUUUGUAGGUAAAAGUGUAAUUAAAGUUAGUUAUUUAAAAAUAAACUUUUAUUUCAAAAUAA